CAGGUCCCUCCCCGGUGCCCGCUCCGCUCCCUCCAGCGUCGGGAAUCCAGGUUUCUGCUUCUGGGUGGGCGCUACCCUCAUCCCCUCUCGGGGCCCAGGGUGACACCUCGGCUCCCGGCUCGGUCCUUGCAGCCCUGCCCCGGUACCCACGGGACCCCCUUGCCCGGGUUCGAGGCCCGACGUCCUCUUCGGGCCGUGGGGGCGCUGGGGCAGCCGCACCGGGGUGGGCAGCCCUCUGGAGCGCCAGGCCCUGCGGCCGGGAGGCGUGCUGGGCAAUAGGAAACGGGUUAUUAGGAGGGAGUGGUGGAGUCGGGCCAGGCAGGAAGAAGCUAGAAUAAGAAACAUUUUUGCUCCAGCCCCUUCCCAGUCCCGGGAGGCCGCCGCGCCAGCCGCGCGGAUCGAGCCCUUCCCCGGCCCCAGGCCGGCUCUGGACGUGAGAUCCCGGCCGCCUCCGGGGACGAGAGGCGGGGGUCCUGCCGCCCCGUCCAAAGAGAUGGGGAGGCACCUAGAAGGAACUAAGAGCCUCUUCCCUCCGUGGCCCACUUCCACCCACCCAGCGAUGCCCAUGAAAUGAAUGAAAGCAAGGAGACAGGUCUGGCUCUGUGCCAGACACCUUCCUCAAAGCCUGGUACACACCCAGAUGGAUCGGAAUUCCCUGGGGAACUGUUUGCAAACACAUGCUUCUCUUUUCUUCCCUUUUUUUAAAAUCCCCUUCUCUCUUGGUUUUUGGAGUCCUGGUCUUGUUAUGUCACUGAGGCUGGCCCCAGCGUUUGAAGUCUUAUUUGGUAGUCCCCAUCCUCCUGUCUCAGCCCCCAGAGAGCUGGGUCACAGGCACAUUACCACGUACCCACCCAAAGUACGUUCCUUGCUGGUCUCAGACACUGUGGAAUGGGUGACAGAGCAAAGGAUCUACAUAGCUAGCCCACUGUGGAAGGUUCUGAUAUGCGGUGGAGAGGCAAGGGGCGCGUAGGGGCAGUCAGGGAGGUGGAUGCUUGUCCCAGAAGGAUGUCUUGUUUGUUGCUAGCCAUUCCCACCUCAUGGCCCCUCCUCAGCUACUUUCUGGGCAGGUGAAGUCUCCCAAUAUGGUUUUGUGCUCAUGGCCUCAGGACCCCUGCAGAGAGCUUGUCAGAGUCCUAACUGGCCUCUAGCAGGGGCAAGAGGCAGGAGGUCAGGCAGAGGCUGGAACACAGCUGUGGCAGCCCAGGUCUCUAUUUCCUCCCCCGGACUGGGCCUCUGGGGCAGAGGAAACCCAGGCAGGAAGGCCAGGGCUGCCACGAGCCAGAAAGGCCCACCAAGCCCCUCAGCCUGACCCUAGACAUCCUGCUUCCAAAGCCUCAGCAUCUUGGGUCUUCGUUUGGUACCAAGAUUAGAACAUGGGCCCUGUAGUGUAUGUGAUUGUAUGUCCAGCCCUUUCUCAUGUCUCAUCACCGGUCACUCCAUGUGUUAGCUCCCUUAGCUAGGAAUCCAACCUGUACACUCUGCUGUUAGACAGUCUGUGUUUCUGUCUGCCCCUUGUCCCUCUUGCUACAGCCUCAGCCCCUACCUACCCUCUGGUCCUGAGGCUUUGAGAAGUGAAGAUCGGCACAGCUCUAAAGCCGUAGCUGAUUGGGGUCCUGAGUUUCGGGUUGUCACACGCCAGAAUCACUCCUCUUGCCAGUGUUCAUCAAACUUCUGAAGAGUCAAACCCCAGGCGACUUUGCAAGGACCAUGACCUCGGAGAUCCCCAGAAAGGGCCUUCUGAUGCUGCUGGUGGCCUUGGGCCUAACCAAGGGAGGCGUGGUGAAGGCCUCCAGGGAUCAGCUGGUGAACUGCACUUGUGAGAAUCCACACUGCAAGAAGCCAACCUGCCAGGGAGCAUGGUGUACCGUGGUGCUGGUUCGUGAACAGGGCAGGCACCCCCAGGUCUAUCGGGGCUGCGGGAACAUGAACCCGGAACUCUGCCUGGGACGCCCCACCGAGUUUGUCAACCAUCACUGCUGCUACCGAUCCUUCUGCAACCACAAUGUGUCCCUGGUGCUGGAUGCCACCCAAACUCCUUCUGUGGAGCCAGAUGUAGAUCCCCAUCUGCCUCUGAUCUUGGGUCCCGUGCUGGCCUUGUUGAUCCUGGUGGCCUUGGGCGCUCUGGGCUUGUGGCGUGUCCGAAGAAGGCAGGAGAAGCAGCGGGGUCUGCACAGUGACCUGGGCGAGUCCAGCCUCAUCCUGAAGGCAUCCGAACAGGGAGACAGCAUGUUGGGGGACUUGCUGGACAGUGACUGCACCACAGGCAGUGGUUCCGGACUCCCCUUCCUGGUGCAGAGGACGGUAGCCCGGCAGGUCGCACUGGUGGAGUGCGUGGGAAAGGGCCGAUAUGGCGAGGUGUGGCGUGGUUCGUGGCAUGGUGAGAGUGUGGCGGUCAAGAUUUUCUCCUCACGAGAUGAACAGUCCUGGUUCCGGGAGACAGAGAUCUACAACACAGUUCUACUUAGGCACGACAACAUCCUAGGCUUCAUCGCCUCCGACAUGACGUCGCGCAACUCCAGCACGCAGCUGUGGCUCAUCACCCACUUCCACGAACACGGCUCCCUCUACGACUUUCUGCAGAGGCAGCCGCUGGAGCCCCAGUUGGCCCUGAGGCUAGCUGUGUCCGCGGCCUGCGGCCUGGCACACCUGCAUGUAGAGAUCUUUGGCACUCAAGGCAAACCAGCCAUCGCCCACCGUGACCUCAAGAGCCGCAAUGUGCUGGUCAAGAGCGACCUGCAAUGUUGCAUUGCAGACCUGGGACUGGCUGUGAUGCACUCCCAGGGAAGUGAUUACCUGGACAUUGGCAACAACCCCCGAGUGGGGACCAAGAGGUACAUGGCACCCGAGGUGCUGGAUGAACAGAUCCGAACUGACUGCUUUGAGUCGUACAAGUGGACAGAUGUUUGGGCCUUCGGCCUAGUGCUGUGGGAGAUCGCCCGGAGGACCAUCAUCAAUGGCAUUGUGGAAGAUUACAGGCCACCCUUCUAUGACAUGGUACCUAAUGACCCCAGCUUUGAAGAUAUGAAAAAGGUGGUGUGCACUGACCAGCAGACUCCCACCAUUCCUAACCGGCUGGCUGCAGAUCCAGUCCUCUCCGGGCUGGCCCAGAUGAUGCGGGAGUGCUGGUACCCCAACCCCUCUGCUCGCCUCACUGCACUGCGCAUCAAGAAGACGUUGCAGAAGCUUAGCCACCAUCCAGAGAAACCCAAAGUGACUCACUAGCCUAGGCUCACUGGACUUCCUCCGCCUGAAGUGUGUGGUGGGGCAGCAGAUGUACCCUAUCUGGGUAGAGGUAAUGUGAGUGUGCACGCUGCCCUGUGUGGGCCUGCACAGCUUGGCCCCCAGCCCAUCCAGCCAAAAAUACAGCUGGGCUGAAAUCCGAUCGCCUUUCGUCUGGCCUGCUCAAAGUGGCCGGCUCUCUGACGCCUGGCUGGGCUUCCCAGCCCCAAAGGCCAGCAGGGUACACCCCUACCAUUCCCAGGGCAGGGUAGCCAAGCCAGGGAAUCCCGGGCCCAGAUCCUGGGCUUGCACUGUCCCUUACCCUUGGUCAAUCUUACUGCCCCACUCGAGCUGCCAGGAUGGCACGAGGCCCGUCUAACUUGGGCAGACACUCCAUCCUGCCAGGCAUGGCCCAGCGGAAGAUGCACAGAGCCUCAGUUUCUCACUGUGGGUUUUUAUCAAUUCAGUGAUGCCUUACAGUCGUCCUGGCUAGAAUGCCAGUCUCUCAGGAGAGGUGGCGUCUGACCCUGCUACCCUCUGUCCCUUUACCAUCCCAGCUGUCUUGUUAGGGUGUUGAAACCCAAGGGUCCUUUGAGGAGAAGGAAGGUGUGGAGAGGAGAGCCAGCGUCGCCCCGUUCGACAGGAGAGGGACUUGGCUGUCUUAGGAUCUUAGACUUGGCCCUGGUGUCCUUCGAGGCUUCUCUGACCCCAAUUUUCACGGAAGCUCGGCCUGUGUGAAAGCUCAGCCCAGGACAGGCCUUCCCUGUCAUUUGCCUCAAGCUGGGGUUUGGAAUAACUGAGUCCAGGACAGCCUAAAGACUCCUGGUCGACUCCCCAAGCCCCAGUUCUCUCCUGAAGCUAUACAUGUGGCCACCCUGGGACUUGGCCUUCUUUGUCUCAGGGCUCAGGGUGGCUUCCUCUGGGCUCUCCAGGACUGAAAAGAAAUUCGGCCCCUGUCAGAAGUCUCCAGCUACCAGGGUUGUGCUCCCUCCUGGCCUUGACUCUGGCCGAAGCCCACACCCUAGGCCAGGCUUCAGAAAGUGUACCUCAGGAGAACUUGGCUUAGGAAAACAUCAAAAGUCUGGCAUGGAGAAAUGUGAAGGGUGUAUGCCCAUGUGCUGAGCAAGUGAAACUGAAGCCUAGCCUAGAGACUGAAGAGAAGUGGAUGGGAGACGGGGCUUAAGGAGGAGAGUGGGGGGCUCAGGCCUAAGACCAUCCUCAAUUUUAGGAAGACCUGGCCUAGAAACCCUUGGCCGUCAUCGCAGGGAGAAACGACGGCUCGCCUCGCUACACACACACACACACACACACACACACACACACACACACCCCGUGACACCAUGGGUGCCUCUGUUAUGCGUCUCCCCAACACUUCUGUUUCUCAAGCCUAUCUCGGCAUCGUACAGGGACCAAGGAGAAACCAGGAACUGAAAACAAAGUAGACCAGCGUUUCCCAGACCAGCGGGGCACAGUCGGAUGAUUCUCUGGUCACCGGAGCCAGGGAAUCGCCUGAAGGGUUUUAUUUCUACUGGACUUGGGAACAAAUUCAUCUUUGGACUCCAGAGCCAGCUCCUCCAGGGCUCGGAAAUCCUAAGUGGAACGAGAGCAUCUGAGGGAGGGGUUUAAGUGACGGGACGUGGAAAGGAAAGGGGCUCUCCAGAGACAACUGUUUCCAAAUGCUUCUAAGUGCAGGUGUGCGAGUGGAACCUACCCUUCUGCACUUAGAGAUACAGUUUAUGGGACACACUUAGCCGGCGACACGCAUGUAUGUAUUAGGUCCUCAAUAAAUCGUAGUUGGCCCCUGA